UAACCGACUAUUUCCCCAAAGCGUCCUGAAAAAAUUUAAAUGGCUUUCAAAUUUUCGUAUAUAUUUGAUGGAAACACUAAAACAAAGCCAGAGCAAAAUCUUGGAGGGUCCAGUAAAAAAGUUUCUAGAGAAAAUUUGCUACAAAAAACUCAUGAAGAAAGGAGGAAAAGACAGGAGUAUCGCUUGAAACUUGAAAAUGCAGAAAUAUUACAAUCUCAUGUAAGGAGCUAUUUGGUGCGUAAAACUAUAAAACAAAACGAGAGGACUAUUUUUGAUAAUGAACAGAGUAAACUCACCAUCCAAGAACUGCUAUCCAAGCUAUUGUUUUUUUAUGAUCCAGAUCAAGAUAAUAUUCGAAUGAUGGAAAUGUGUGGACUUUUAUUGAAUAAUUUCAAUGAAGUCUCUAAAAGAGUUGUAUCUGAUAAGGCAUUUUGUUGGCUGAUAAAAAGGCUUCUUGUGAUAUGCUUGAAAAAUUUAAAAACAAAAGAGUUGAGAACAGCAUUAUUAGAUUUCAUCGAAAAAUUUACACGGAACCCAGAACUUAUCGAGUUUAUAAUUAUGCAAGGUUACUUCAAAUUCCUGAGAUUAUCCUUGGAUCAAGAACCUGAGGAACUCUUAGCAAAGAUAUUGCUUCUAAUUUAUCGUCCUUUCCAGUAUAUUUAUGUACCUAUAGAAUUGAAAGAAAAAAUAUGUUCAAAUUUUUGUGAUGCCUUUCUGAAACCGAUUCUUACCAAGAAUGUUAAGUGGGAUUUGAUACCUUACCUUAAAACUAAAAAAGACUUUCCUUUCGAUGGAAUUCUUAAGCAUUUGAACAAAAGCUGUCAUGAAGGCAAUAAUAGUUUAUUUUAUUGCAUUCUGUCAUUGGAGCCAGAUGACUUUGAACCUACUAAAGAUUCAAUUGAGGUACUGGCCAAACUGAGUAAGAAUGUCCAUUGUUUGAAAAUGCAGGCUGCCUAUGUAGAAGACUCCGAUGACGAAGAGGAAAUGUUGGAUUCUGAUGAGCAUCUUCUACUUGCCGAAUUCAUGAAAAUCAUGAAUCAGUCGGAUAAGGUCUUGAAAUGGACCUCAUUUUUCGAUCGAAAUAAUGAGGAUUUAGAUGUCCUUGCUGCAUUCACCCAACUUUGUCAUAAUUUAUUAUUAGUUUACAAGGAUGCUGUGCGCAAAUAUUUAUUACUCUAUAAGUUAGGACUAAACAGUGUAUUUCUAAAAAGGCUUUGGACAGCUCUUGGAAAUAGUAGAAAUAUCGAGAAUGAUUUGAAGGGAUGCUAUCUUGUUUCGUGGAGGGAUUGCCAUACUAGACUUUCAGUGUUUUGUGAUAUGUUUACUUUUUACACUCAAGCUCUUACCGACAGAGAGAAUUCCGACACCAGUGGAACUUUCAACAAGAUUGAAUUAUAUUCAAUGUGUAGAUUAUUGGUCAAUGUCUCACUGGAUCUUAUCGAUGUGGCAUUUCCAAUGUGCAGAUCCAGUUCAGUGGCAGCUACACCUGAAGUUCUCCAUUUAUAUAAUUCCUGCCUAAAUUGCGUGAAAAAAUUGUAUAUGCUGAAUAUGAGAAAGGAAUUCUGUCGUACAGAAUUUUGGACCUCGAAAAAAAUCUAUAUAACGCAGGACAUAUCACGCAAAAAUUAUUUAUCAAAAACAGUGAAGCCCUUCUAUGGUAUAAUAGCCGAUGAAGAUGAGGAUGAACAUCUUCCACCCCUCUCUACAAUUGAGCAACGUUCACUUGCAAUUUUACAAGAUCUCCCAUUUUUGAUCAAUUUCAACACCAGAGUUUUGCUCCUGAGGGAACUAUGUCGAAAUAGUUUAGGCAAUGAAAUGCAAAGGAUGCAAAUGGAUUUUGCUGUUGAUAAUGUUAUUGUCAUUAGGAGAACUCAUCUAUACGAAGAUGCCUUUGAAAAGUUGUCACAACAAAACGAGUCUGAUUUGAGACACAAGGUUAGAAUAAGAUUUAUCAACAAUGUUGGUUUGGAAGAGGCUGGUAUUGAUGGAGGAGGUUUAUUCAAGGAAUUCAUCAAUGAAGUUUUAAAGACGGCUCUCGAUCCUAAUAGGGGAUUUUUCAUCAUGACUGCUGAAAACACCUUUUAUCCAAAUCCAAAUAUUGAAAGAAUAAUUAAAAACUUCACUGAACAUUAUUUCUUUAUUGGACGUCUAAUAGGAAAGGCUAUAUUCGAGAAUAUACUGGUGGAUCUUCCCUUAGCUGAAUUCUUUUUAGCUAAACUACUAGUGGAUAGAGCACCUGCUCACUAUCUACAGUCUUUGGAUCCAACACUUUAUAAAAAUUUGCUUUUCCUACGUGAUUAUGAGGGUAAUGUCACUGAUCUAGGUUUAGAUUUUUCCACAGUUCACAAUGAUCUAGGAGAAACCACCGUGAUCGAGUUGAAGCCCAACGGUAGAAACAUUCCUGUAACUGAUGAGAACCGGCUAGAGUAUAUACAACGGUUUGCUGAACUAAAAUUGAACACUCAACUGAAGAGACAAUGCGUCGCAUUUAGGGAAGGAUUGGAUAGUGUGGUACCUUUGUUAUGGCUCAAAUUAUUCAAUCAUAAGGAGCUUCAAGUGAUCAUCGGAGGAGAUAACCAAGAAAUCGAUCUUAUUGAUUUGAGAUCACACACUACUUAUGGAGGUGAAUACACCAGUGAUCAUGAAACAAUUAUUUUGUUUUGGAAAGUUGUAUAUGAGUUUGAUGCAACUCAAAGAAAGCAACUGUUGAAGUUUGUUACAAGUUGCUCAAGACCACCUCUCCUAGGAUUCAAGGAAUUGAAUCCACCCUUCUGUAUACAAUCAUCAGGAAAUGACCGAAUGCCAACUGCUAGUACCUGUUUAAAUUUGUUGAAAAUUCCUGUAAUUCGAGAUGAGAACACUUUGAGGCAUAAACUUCUGGAAGCAAUAGAACAACAGGCUGGUUUCGAAUUAUCCUAAUUCUAUUAAUCGUAUGAAAUAAUGGUUAACUCAUUUGUGUAUAUAGUUUUUUAUUUCAAAACUUCUAAUACAAAGAUAUAGAGUAUCAGAAAACUUUUUUAGGAUUGUCUAAAUCUAUUUCAAAUAUUCCAUUCAUUGGUAAAAUAAUUGGGAACUAGGGAACUCAAAAUGAGAUGAAAGAUAUAUAAAAAAUCCUGUUUGAAGUUACAGUAUCACAGUUAGUUCUGAAAUAUACACUUUCGAAACAUAGGAACUAUCAAAAAAUUUGAUCAAAUUAUUGUUCAUUGAUAUAAUUUCAAUGUUUGAAUAUAUUUUUUUUAUUUUGAAAAUAUAGUGUUUUGAGUUUUCAUAUAAAAUCAGUUUUAUACAAAAAUUAAUAAAUUUAGUAUUAUUUCAGGGUAUCACAUUAUGACGAAUUUCUAUAAUAGAAAUAAUUUCAUAUGA